AUGGCUGGAGAUGACAGGGAGGCAGCUGAAAAGACAGAGUCAAAGACUGAGGUACCUUAUAACUGCUUAAUGUUUAAAGAUGCCGGAGAUCUCCAGCCAGCGUUUCCUAAAAAUACAGGCACUGUUAUCUCCGAGCUAGAAAUAGAGGAACAGAUCGUCAAUCUAAAGCUAAUGGUGUUAUUUCCUCUGCGUCCGGAAUACAAACCCGGGCUUGGUGACAAUCUUCCCCCCUUGCCGGUUUCUCCGAUAGAGCCCUUGCCAAGAGCUACAGUCGGCCGGAGGGAGCCCGCCGAAGAUGAGGAGAGAAACAUGAUUGAAGCAAACACUAUGAAUAAGUAUAUAUACUUGUCAAGGGCUUAUGUAUUUGAAUAUCAGAAGAUAUUUCCGCUAAUGCAUCAGAAAAACCUGGAGGACCUUGGUGAAAACUAUGGCUGGAUGGAUUGUAUGGAGCUGUAUAGAUAUGCAGUAAAGAAGCGUGUGGCAAAUAUACCGGGGUUUAUACCGGGAUUAAUGAGCCCCGAGUAG